AACCUGAAAGGCCAGAGCCCCGUCUCUCGCUUGGUGGCCUUGCUGGUGCGAGGCUUGGGGACGGAGCGCGAGGAUUCCUGCUUCGACCUCCUCCACCGCGCCGUCGGGCAUUUCGAGCUGCGGAAAAACGGCGCCAUGCCCUGGGAGGUGACCAGGGACCCGCAGCUCUGCCAAAAGCUCACCCUGCUCUGCUCGGCGCCCGGGACCUUGCAGACGCUGUCGCGUUACGCCGUGCGCCGCAGCCUGGGCGUGCGCUUCCUGCCCGAGGCCGUCAAGCAGCUGCCCUUGCCCAGCAGCCUCAAGGACUACGUGCUGCUCCUCAGCUGA